CCAUGUUAUUGCCACAUGGAUGUGUGGCGCCCUCUGAUUUGUAACUAAGAAAUCGACGAAGAGAAAAAAGAAGUUUGGCGCACAAAUCUCUGCAGAGCGCUCUACAACGCGACUUCAGAGUUCGAACAUCUGUUUCCGGGUAAGCAUUCGUUGUUCUCUCUCUGGCUUUUUGCAAUUGCUUAGAAAAAUGCCUCACUUUCCUCGUUGUCAAAUUAUAUAAACGGCGCUGCUAAUUUGGGCCCGUACGGGCGCGUGAGGUGUUUGUUGCCUACAGGCAACACCAGGCACUAUGCUGUGUUUCUCAUCCCGCUGAGGUUGCGCUGUGCAAUUUUGUCUGGUAGCGCGCUCCUCUGCCUGCACUGCUUCCAUUAUCGCUGCACCACCUCACGCAGGACACGCAGACAAAGCAACGAUUUCGAAGAAUGGACCCGGGUGCAUUUUAUGGAAAAUUUGCUGCGAAAGUGCCCCCUGACUACAGUGAUGACUCUGACCUGGAUUCAUCGAGCGACGAAGAGCCUGAAAACGCUGUUUUAGCCCGGACAACACCGCCAGCUGACAGUGAGGAUGCAGAGGUCUCAGGAGCUCCAAGCACGGCCAGUAUCGACAAUGCGCUUGAAGAAAUCCCCAAGCCUUCGAAGGAUUCUCCCACAUGGAAGGCUGUCCGAGGCUCCUCGAGUAAUGCCAUGCCUGAGUGGAAAGACGUACCACCCUACCCAUCCCCGGUGGAGUCUCCCAUCACCUAUUUCAGAAACUUCUUUGACGUGACAUUCCUGUCUCACAUCUGUGAGCAGUCCUCCCUGUAUAGCGCUCAGAGGAAUCCAAACAAAGUUGCUUCAAUGACAGUCAAUGAUUUAGAGCAGUUCAUCGGUACAGUGCUCACUAUGUCGCUUAUGAAGCUGCCUCAAACACGCAUGUACUGGUCGCAGAGGUUCCGAGUCAGUCAAGUCGCCGACACCAUGACGAGAGACAGGUGGGAAGAAAUCAAGCAGUCGCUGCAUUUUAGUGACAACCAGGAAGCACCAGACCAGAAUGACCCCGAACGUGACAGGCUUUACAAAGUGCGGCCCCUGUUGGACCACCUGGUCGCCAAAUGCCGCGAGAUACCAAAAUCUCAAAAGCUAUGCGUUGAUGAGCAGCUGGUGCCGUUCAAAGGCCGCAGCUCAUUGAAGCAGUAUUUGCCCAACAAGCCCAAAAAAUGGGGUUAUAAGCUUUUCCUUCUCUGCGAUGAACGCGGCAUAAUGUACAACUUUGAAGUUUACACAGGCAAAAUUCUUCCUCAGCAAGGUUUUCCCGACAUCGGCGCAAGUGGCAACAUCGUCCUGCGAAUGGCGAGUAUCGUGCCCCGCGGUCUAGACUACAUCUUGUAUUUUGACAACUGGUUUUGCGGCGUGGACUUACAAGUAGUCCUCAAGAAGGUUGGAAUCAGUUCCGUAGGGACAGUAUGCGAGGCUCGCCUAAAAGGAUGCCAACUUCCAUCCGACAAAGAUCUGAAGAAGAAAGGGCGUGGCUCUUAUGUGGAAAUGGCGACCACAUUUGAAGGGGUGAGCCUGAGGGCUGUCAAGUGGUUUGACAACCGCCCCGUGACUUUACUGUCCACGUUUGCUUCAGCUUCACCCGAGCAGGCCGUGAAGCGCUUCGACAAGAAGACCCGAACGACUGUGAGCAUACCCUGCCCUGCUAUUGUCGGCAUCUACAAUGAAUGCAUGGGAGGUGUUGAUCUUAUGGACAUGCUUGUGGCACUCUACCGCAUCCACGUAAGGUCAAAAAAGUGGUACAGGAGGCUCUUUUUUCAUUUAUUAGAUGUAGUAGUUGUCAACUGCUGGCUCCUCUACCCCCGAGAUGCCACCGCGGCUAACGUGCCUUGCAAGCACCAAAUGACCCUGCUAACAUUCAAAGCAGACAUUGCCUGCACGCUGAGGCAACAGGGAAAGGUAUCAACACCUUCGAGGAAGCGACCAUUGGGCCCAUCAAAAGUCGAGAAUGAAUUGCAGGCGAAGAAGCGGCGCGGGCCAUCAGCUCCUGUUCCAUGCAAGGAGAUAAGGCUCGACACUACUGACCAUCUCCCGAUGUUUUCUGCAAAGAAAGGCCAUUGUAAAUACCCAAACUGCACAGGAAUCACGCGAGUCAUGUGCAGGAAGUGCAACGUACACCUCUGUUUUACUCCAGGAAAGUAGUGCAUGCACAAAUUCCACACUAACCCGUAAGAAGCACGCAGUGAAGCCUACCUUAUGGCUCGUGCCUAGUGUUGCCCACAGGCAACAAAGCUGUAUUUUAGAAACUAUACGCAGAAUUUUUUUUCUUUUUAUGAAAUAUGCUUAGUCUUGUUGCAACAAUUGUAAAUAUGUAGAAAAUAAAUGUUUUCUGCAAGUA